AAAACGUGUUGUAGGAUACGAGUGGCAGAAUACGUUGUCCUGAAGAACUUGCAUCCCUCCAAGGCUGCCCCCCUCCCCCGGCUGACACCGGGCAUACAUACAGCCGUUUCACCUGUCUGUGUACAGUCCCUCCAUGAUAGCAACCGGGGACGCAGUUCCUUGACAACGGGAACCGUGGUGAUUAUACCCGGCAUGUCCAGCAGAGGGCUCGGGGCUCAAUACAUGCUGCUUUCAGUGAUCCACAACUUUUCAGUGAGUCACUUCCCAGUUGCCUGUCUCAAGAAGAGCAGAGGAACAAAAACAGCAAGGCGUUCCCAGAAAUUCAGGCAGGGAAAUGUGCAUGGAACAGCUACCUCUAUGAUGAUGCCAGUUCCAGUGGGGAUUUUCUCACCUCCGAACAGCAUGACAACAUUUUCGUUUUGUCUCCUCUCGGCUGCUCUAGACUGGAUGCCAAAGAUGAAUAAUUUGAUGGAGCAAUGAAGCAAAAGCCGUGAUGCUGCGGCAGGUGGUGGCCAAACCCCGGCGACAAGCUUUACGGGGAGCUGGUUACCUGUUUCAUGCCCAGUCCUCCUCCUGCCUUUCCAUGGCAGAGGAACUUUUCUUAGAUGCUGCAGAAUAUGGUAACAUUCCUGAAGUGAGGCGGAUGCUAGAGGAACUGCCAGACCUCAAUGUCAACUGUGUAAACUACAUGGGCCAAAGUGCAUUGCAGCUGGCAGUGGCCAAUGAGCAUUUGGAGGUGACUAAGCUCCUGCUUAGGAAGAAAGACCUCGCUAGAAUAGGAGAUGCUUUGCUGUUAGCCAUCAGUAAAGGCUACAUCCGUAUAGUGGAGGCCAUACUGAGCCAUCAGGCCUUUGCAGACAGUCAGAGGCUCACUAACGGUCCGAGCCAGAUGGAGACACACGACGACUUCUUUUCCUAUGACGACGAUGGCACGCGUUUCUCUCACAACAUCACUCCCAUCAUCCUGGCUUCCCAGUGCCAUGAGUACGAAAUCGUGCAUAUACUUCUUAUGAAGGGGGCCCGUAUAGAGCAGCCCCAUGACUACUUCUGUCAGUGCGGGACCUGCAGCGAGCAGCAGAGGCACGAUGCUUUUAGCCUUUCACAAUCCCGUAUCAAUGCAUAUAAAGGUCUGGCUAGUCCAGCAUAUCUGUCCCUCUCCAAUGAAGACCCUGUGAUGGCCGCUCUGGAGCUGAGCAACGAGCUUGCAGUUCUAGCCAACAUUGAGAAAGAGUUCAAGAAUGAUUAUAAAAAACUGUCCAUGCAGUGUAAAGACUUUGUGGUGGGACUCCUGGAUUUGUGCCGAAACACAGAGGAAGUGGAGGCCAUCUUAAAUGGGGACCCUGAAUCAUGUCAAAACUCUGAAACCUUCGGCAGACAAAACCUUAUCAGGUUAAAACUUGCAAUAAAAUAUGAAGUUAAAAAGUUUGUAGCACAUCCGAACUGCCAGCAGCAGCUCCUCUCCAUUUGGUACGACAACCUGUUUGGCCUACGUCAGCAAACCACAGCAGUUAAAAUCCUACUUGUCCUUGGUGUGGCUGUCGGGCUGCCUGUCCUGGCCCUUAUGUACUGGAUAGCACCGUCAAGUAAGUUAGGGAAACUCAUGUGUGGACCCUUCCUGAAGUUUGUGGCCCAUACAGCAUCCUUUAUGAUAUUUCUUUGCCUACUGGUCCUGAACGCAGCAGACCGUUUUGACGGGACAUCGCUGCUGCCUAACAUGACCACACACGAUCACCCUUUGCAGCUGUUUCGUAUGAAGACCACCCCCUUCACCUGGAUGGAGAUUCUCAUCAUAUCCUGGGUCAUAGGGAAGAUCUGGGAGGAAUGUAAAGAUAUCUGGUCACAGGACAUCCGGGAAUACAUCUCAGAACCGUGGAACCUUCUUGACUUUAGCAUUUUGGCCAUAUUUAUGACCUCUUUCACUGCCAGACUAAUGGCUUUCUGGCAUGCAUAUUCUGCCCAGUGUUACGUGGACAAGCACUAUACUGACCUGUCCAACGUGACCUUGCCCUUUGAGAUACAGUAUUUCCAGCUGGCUCGAAUCAACUGGAUGCCCUCAGACCCGCAGCUUAUUUCUGAAGGCCUCUAUGCAGUUGCAGUUGUGCUGAGUUUCUCUCGCAUUGCAUACAUCCUGCCUGCGAAUGAGAGUUUUGGGCCUUUGCAGAUCUCCCUUGGAAGAACGGUGAAAGACAUCUUUAAGUUCAUGGUGAUUUUCAUAACAGUUUUUGUGGCUUUCAUGGUGGGAAUGUUCAAUCUGUACUCGUACUACCUCGGAGCCAAGCACAACGAUGCAUUUACAACGCUUGAAGAGAGCUUUAAAACAUUAUUUUGGGCCAUUUUUGGCUUGUCAGAAGUGAAAUCAGUGGUCAUCAAUAUUGACCAUAAGUUCAUUGAGAAUAUUGGCUAUGUUCUGUACGGGGUGUACAACAUCAUCAUGGUGAUUGUCUUGCUGAAUAUGCUCAUUGCCAUGUUCAACAGCUCAUUCCAAGAAAUUGAGGAUGAUGCUGAUGUUGAGUGGAAGUUUGCGAGAGCCAAGCUCUGGUUCUCAUACUUCGAGUACGGCAGCACGAUGCCGGUUCCCUUCAACCUUGUACCUAGCCCUACGUCUGUCUUUUCCCUCUUGGUGGGGAUAAAGGAAUUCCUCUGGGCUGUACCUCAAGACAAAAGCAAAGGCAACUCAAAUGAUGAGACUGAGCUUAACAAAUUGAGGCAACAGGAGGAUCUGAGUGUGGAAGCAUCAUUUUGUCCAACCCGCCACCAAAAGAUAAUGAAUCGCCUCAUCAAAAGAUAUAUCGUAAAAGCACAAAGAGAUAAAGACAAUGAUGAAGUAAAUGAAGGUGAACUGAAUGAGAUUAAACAAGAUAUCUCCAGUCUCCGCUAUGAGCUGCUGGAAAGGGAGAAACAUGACAUGGAGGCACUGGCAGAGCUGAUCAGUCAACUGGGAGAAGUCAUGCGUGCUCAGCAGAAAGAAGAGCAGAGGCACAUGCUGGCUAUGCAUUUUUAAAAAAAAUGUAAAUACUAGAGAUGUAUUUACUGGACACACUAGACUCUUCUCAUUUUGAAGAAUUCAGUUAGGGUUAAAGGGGCCUUAGGCACAGACUUAACACACAUUUUUGGACAAAAACUUACCUGAUAAAACUGGAUAGUCUGUAUUUUAAAUAUAGAAACAUCCUUGAUUCCCCCCCCUCAUGCCCUUAGUGUACAUGUAUCCCUUUUGGAGGAUUAACUCAAGUUCUCUUUGUUACUGUCCCUUUCUCUGUACAAUUGACCACAUGGUGGCACUAACAGAACUUUCUUCUUGUUGCACAGGGUCUGUUAGUUCACACUACCGGCUGCUAAACAUAUGAUGUUUAUACAGUUUGAUUUAGGGGUGAUUUUUUUAAUUU